UUAACACUAAAAAUAUACAAGAAUAAGAUAAUGUGGAAGGAGAAGUUAUACACUUGUUAUUUACUUACCAAGUAUUUAGAAGAUUAACAUCUCUUUAAUUGUAAGGUACUGUUGUGGAACGCCUGGAAUUUAUAAAAAAUUUUUAAGGUUGGUUUAAUUUGAUGGAAAAAUGCAACGAAUUAAAGAUAGAACAAAGAUUAAGAAGUCCCAAAUGCGCUAGAUGCAGGAACCAUGGUAUUAUUUCAAGUUUAAAAGGCCACAAGCGAUCAUGCAGGUGGAAAGACUGUAAUUGUCCUUGCUGUUUGUUAGUCGUGGAAAGGCAAAGAGUAAUGGCAGCUCAAGUAGCUCUUAGAAGACAACAACAAAGUCAGAAUUUAAAUUCUAAUGGUAGUUUCUUCACUGGAAGUUUCAAUUUUGCGGGCCAAAGUGUUGUGAGACGGCUGAAAAAUUUCAAGAGUUUCCAGGUUACUAGCACGAGGAUCAACUUGCAAAAUUUUGAUAACCAGAAUUUUCGAGAUUCAAUUUUCCGGUUGUCAAAUGAAGAAAAGUACUCACCAACGCCAACCUGGACGAGUAACAUACCUUCAUCUGGAAGUAACUGCAACGAGUCUUUGACCCAGUUGAUAGAAACAACUGAGAUGAACUACGAAGAGCAGAUCAAAAGCGAAGAAAAACCAGCGCCUCGCAUAUCUUUCAGCGUCGAGUCAAUAAUUGGCUCGCGGUAG